CGGUUCUUUUCAGAAACGCCAUCGCGCGAGUGUUGUUCGGUUUAGCUGCUGUCAAAAUGUGUUGAUUUUAGCAAAAUUUACAGUGUCGGACCGACCAUAGGCGCCCAAAAUGAAGUUUGCCGAGCACCUGGCGGCGCAUAUUACGCCAGAAUGGCGGAAGCAGUACAUCAUGUACGAGGAAAUGAAAGCUCAGCUGUACGCAGCGGUUGAGCAGUCACCAUCUGCCGAGUUAGUUGAUCCGGAGGUACUUACGCGAUACUUCGCCAAGUUUGAUGAACAGUUUUUCCAUUUUUGCGACAGCGAGCUUGCGAAGAUCAACACUUUCUAUUCAGAAAAACUUGCAGAAGCCACUAGAAAAUUUGCCAACCUUCGGACGGAGCUCAGCGAAACGCUCGAGCUCGAAGAGUCAACCAAGAAGAAGAAAGAUAAUCUUAACAGGGUGAAGAAAAACCUGCUACGAAAGAAAAAUGUCUCCGUUCGUAAAAUCCAGGAACUGAAACUUGCCUUCAGCGAGUUCUAUUUGAGUCUGAUUCUGCUGCAGAACUAUCAAAAUCUCAACUUCACCGGAUUCCGCAAGAUAUUGAAGAAACACGACAAACUGCUGAACGUAGAUUUUGGAGCACGAUGGCGAGCCGAGCACGUGGAAUCAGCGCAUUUCUACGUGAACAAAGACAUCGACCGAUUGAUCCACGAAACGGAGAACAUUGUGACUAACGAAAUCGAAGGUGGCGAUCGGCAACGGGCAAUGAAGCGUCUUCGAGUGCCACCUUUAGGAGAGCAGCAAAGCCCAUGGACCACUUUUAAAGUGGGUUUAUUUUCCGGAUCUCUCUUAGUGCUUUGUGUGGCAGUUUUGCUAUCGGCCAUGUUUUACGACCGUAAGGAUGACUGGAUUGUUGCAUUUCGACUGUACCGUGGACCACUUCUGAUAGUGGAGUUUCUGUUUCUGUGGGGUAUAAAUGUCUACGGAUGGCGAUCAUCUGGCGUGAAUCAUGUACUGAUAUUCGAGUUAGAUCCACGCAACCAUCUAUCUGAGCAACACCUUAUGGAGUUGGCAUCGAUAUUCGGAGUUAUAUGGACACUGAGUGUCCUCAGUUAUCUUUACGCAGAAUCUCUCAGUAUACCGGCUUAUCUAAGCCCUCUAGCGUUAUAUCUAUUGAUGGCAGCAUUUCUAUUUAAUCCAACGAAAACUUUUCGCCAUGAGGCUCGUUUUUGGACAAUCAGAAUCAUUAGUCGCAUAGUUAUGGCGCCAUUUUUCUAUGUCAAUUUUGCCGAUUUCUGGCUGGCAGAUCAGCUAAACAGUAUUGUUCCCGCAUUUCUGGAUCUGCAGUACUUCAUCUGCUUCUACUCAACCAUCACCAACUGGAACCAUGUGGAAAAUCCGAAUCAAUGCAUUGAUAACUCACUGUGGAUACGACCCAUAGUGGCAAUGCUUCCGGCAUGGUUUCGUAUGGCACAGUGCUUGCGGCGUUUUCGCGAUACCAGAGAUGCACAUCCUCAUUUGGCCAACGCCGUAAAGUAUUCAACGUCGUUCUUCGUGGUGGCGUUCUCUUCGUUGACACAAGCCACUCGGGAUCAGUACGAGAAAAGCGUAGAUAACCCGUGGUUCUAUAUGUGGAUCAUUGCUUCGAUUGUGUCGUCGUGUUAUGCGUACACCUGGGAUAUCAAGAUGGAUUGGGGAUUGUUCGACGCGAAAGCUAACGACAAUACAUUUUUGCGAGAUGAGGUGGUGUACAGUUCAAAUUGGUUCUACUACUUCGCAAUCGUGGAGGAUUUGAUUCUGCGGUUCGGCUGGACACUGUCCAUGAGCCUCAUCGAGAUGGGCUACAUCGAUCGGGAAAUAAUCGUGUCCAUUCUCAGCCCACUGGAAGUUUUCCGGCGGUUUAUCUGGAAUUAUUUCCGGCUGGAGAACGAGCAUUUAAACAACUGCGGUAAUUUCCGUGCCGUGCGUGACAUUUCCGUUGCUCCGAUGGAUUGUUCGGAUCAGACGACGAUUCUACGCAUGAUGGACGAGGAAGAUGGUGUACGCAAUCGGCGUACGGUGAAAAAAUUGAACACUAAAAAGAAAUCCGAGCAACGGUUGCUUCUCCGCGAGGCCGAAUCGACUGAGGAUUUGGAAAUGAAUUCCAAUCAAAACAGGAAAGUCCAGUGGGAAAUAUAGGCCACGGAUAGUUGCACAAUUGGGACCAACCUGCCAUAAAUCCUACCAACCGAAACCGAACCCGAACCAUACCAAAAACACGAUCCCCAUGACCUAGAUUUCCCUCUGAGAGAGAAGCACGUUUGCAACCCACAACCCAGCCCUCGAGCUAUUUGCACGACACCACCCUUCGCCGAUACUUGUGUCGUUUGAGUCUGUUUCCUUCAAUUAAUUGGGCAAUUCGAAAGCGUAUGAUGUAUCUCAAAAUUGAUGGCAUAUCGAACCAGAGUGUGAACCGAAGCAACGCUAUAGUCCCUAUAGAUGGAAUUAUUUAUUUACAGCAAAAAUAAGCGAUAUUUAUUGAGAGAAUUCCAGACGGUUAUUACUUAAUAUUACAUUGAAUGAGCGUAAAAAUGUAAAAAACAGUAGAGAUAAUAAAGAAUAAUUUAUUUAUUUUUAAA